CGGUAUGUUUUUAUUGUCCCACAGGCAGCUAAAGUUGGUGGCGUUGAAGCGGCUUCUGUCCAGAGUAGUCUUCUAUAAAAAUAAUUAUGGAUUAACGGUGUUAAUGUCUUUCUAACAGCAUAAAUAAAGACCUCAUCAAUGGCCACGCUGUGGUCAAAGAUCUCUGCUGUCCUGCCUCAUAAUGAGGAACAGUUUCCAAUGCAGUUCAGCGACAAAGUGGAGUCAAGUGUGUUGGAAAUGCUGAAACGGUCCAGGCAGCAGCUGUACAGGGACACUACGAGCUCCAGCCGAAUGCUUAAUGCUCAGAUCAUUUUGGACUAUUCAUGGGAGAAACUCAACACGGGAACAUGGCGCCAUGUGGACAAAGAAUGGAGACGCGUUUAUUCAUAUGGCUGCCUGUUUAAAGUGGCUGCUCUGUGUCGUGAAGUUCCGACAGCAGAUGAGGUCCUGCAGGCUGUGAGGACUUGUGACAUGGGUUUACUCAUGGGUGCAGCUAUCAUGGAUGAUAUACUUCAGGUUAUUGUUCGGAUGCUGCAGGGUGAAGUCAGGAAAUCUAUCAAAGAAGAAGAAGAAGAGAGUGAACAUACUGAGGUCAAGAGAAUAAAGAUUGAGGGCCCACAUGUUCCUGCAAUCAGAGAAGAGUUGGCAGUUCCCAGGGUUAAGUGUCCUUCACUGGAGAGCUUCAACACAAACUACCUGCUCCCACUCAAACCGGUGAUUUUAGAGGGUGUCAUUGACCACUGGCCCGCCCUCAACCAACACCCCUGGAGCAUAGAGUACCUGAGGUCUGUAGCCGGCUGUCGGACUGUUCCCAUUGAGGUGGGAUCCAGGUACACAGACGAGGAUUGGUCGCAGACGCUGCUCACGGUCAAUGAAUUCAUUGAUCGAUACAUUAUAAAUAAAGACGGAGUGAAAGGUUUGGGUUACCUCGCUCAACACCAGCUUUUUGAUCAGGUACCAGAGCUGAAGGAAGACAUCCGCCCUCCUGAUUAUUGCUGCCUUGGUGAAGGAGACGAAGACGACAUUACUGUAAACGCGUGGUUUGGGCCUGGAGGUACAGUGUCUCCUCUUCACCAGGACCCUCAGCAGAACUUCCUGGCUCAGGUUGUGGGAAGCAAAUACAUUCGCCUAUAUUCCCCAGAGGACACAGACAAGCUGUACCCUCAUCAAUCACAACUCCUUCACAAUACCAGUCAGGUGGAGGUGGAGAAUCCAGACACAGAGCGCUUCCCGGAGUUUGCCAAGGCUCCGUAUCUGGAAUGUGUGUUACAGCCUGGAGACGUGCUGUUCAUCCCCGUCCAACACUGGCAUUAUAUCCGAUCCUUAGAGCUCAGCUUCUCUGUCAGCUUCUGGUGGUCAUGACUGCAGAUUUGUAAUAAAAAGUUAUUUUUAUAGAGCAAAA